AUGGCUCCCAAUUUUGGAAUUUGCAAUGUUCCACCUCACACUCCCUUAGGUCUUUGUUCACUCAAUGCGACUACUUGUACGAGUGUGGAACAAGUCUUCUCUCAGCAAGGAGAGGCCAUUUCAUGUUUCUUUGGACAAUAUGAAGUAUCGAGUUGUUGUGGAGGAUGGCAAGCAACUUGUUGGACAUGCAUGUUCACUCUCGGAUAUUACAUUUUCUUUGUUUCAGGAUCAUUCAUUAUUGAAAAGUUCGGAAGUAACAUGUUGGCCAAUUUGAAUGCUCUCUUGUAUCCACUCACUGCCAUCUGUUUUUGGAUUGAACCGAUUGUUGGACAAUUCUAUUCGAAACCGGAAUGGUGGAUUGGAGUUUCGUUGGCCAUUAUCACUUGUGGAAAUUUAAUGUAUGAAUGGUUUGCAAGAAGACCCUUGUAUGAGAUGGAACCUCGAUGGUUGCCUUGGAGAAAAUGGAGACAUGAAGUGAACGAAGAAAAGAGUCAUGGAGGGGGAGUUAGUGGUGUUGAUAUGGAAAAGAGAGGUCAAUAUGGUUUGGGUUUGGGUUUGGGUUUGGGUUUGGGUUUGGGUUUGGGUUUGGGUUUGGGUUUGGGUUUGGGUUUGGGUUUGGGUUUGGGUUUGGGUUUGGGUUUGGGUUUGGGUUUGGGUUUGGGUUUGGGUUUGGGUUUGGGUUUGGGUUUGGGUUUGGGUUUGGGUUUGGGUUUGGGUUUGGGUUUGGGUUUGGGUUUGGGUUUGGGUUUGGGUUUGGGUUUGGGUUUGGGUUUGGGUUUGGGUUUGGGUUUGGGUUUGGGUUUGGGUUUGGGUUUGGGUUUGGGUUUGGGUUUGGGUUUGGGUUUGGGUUUGGGUUUGGGUUUGGGUUUGGGUUUGGGUUUGGGUUUGGGUUUGGGUUUGGGUUUGGGUUUGGGUUUGGGUUUGGGUUUGGGUUUGGGUUUGGGUUUGGGUUUGGGUUUGGGUUUGGGUUUGGGUUUGGGUUUGGGUUUGGGUUUGGGUUUGGGUUUGGGUUUGGGUUUGGGUUUGGGUUUGGGUUUGGGUUUGGGUUUGGGUUUGGGUUUGGGUUUGGGUUUGGGUUUGGGUUUGGGUUUGGGUUUGGGUUUGGGUUUGGGUUUGGGUUUGGGUUUGGGUUUGGGUUUGGGUUUGGGUUUGGGUUUGGGUUUGGGUUUGGGUUUGGGUUUGGGUUUGGGUUUGGGUUUGGGUUUGGGUUUGGGUUUGGGUUUGGGUUUGGGUUUGGGUUUGGGUUUGGGUUUGGGUUUGGGUUUGGGUUUGGGUUUGGGUUUGGGUUUGGGUUUGGGUUUGGGUUUGGGUUUGGGUUUGGGUUUGGGUUUGGGUUUGGGUUUGGGUUUGGGUUUGGGUUUGGGUUUGGGUUUGGGUUUGGGUUUGGGUUUGGGUUUGGGUUUGGGUUUGGGUUUGGGUUUGGGUUUGGGUUUGGGUUUGGGUUUGGGUUUGGGUUUGGGUUUGGGUUUGGGUUUGGGUUUGGGUUUGGGUUUGGGUUUGGGUUUGGGUUUGGGUUUGGGUUUGGGUUUGGGUUUGGGUUUGGGUUUGGGUUUGGGUUUGGGUUUGGGUUUGGGUUUGGGUUUGGGUUUGGGUUUGGGUUUGGGUUUGGGUUUGGGUUUGGGUUUGGGUUUGGGUUUGGGUUUGGGUUUGGGUUUGGGUUUGGGUUUGGGUUUGGGUUUGGGUUUGGGUUUGGGUUUGGGUUUGGGUUUGGGUUUGGGUUUGGGUUUGGGUUUGGGUUUGGGUUUGGGUUUGGGUUUGGGUUUGGGUUUGGGUUUGGGUUUGGGUUUGGGUUUGGGUUUGGGUUUGGGUUUGGGUUUGGGUUUGGGUUUGGGUUUGGGUUUGGGUUUUGGGUUUGGGUUUGGGUUUGGGUUUGGGUUUGGGUUUGGGUUUGGGUUUGGGUUUGGGUUUGGGUUUGGGUUUGGGUUUGGGUUUGGGUUUGGGUUUGGGUUUGGGUUUGGGUUUGGGUUUGGGUUUGGGUUUGGGUUUGGGUUUGGGUUUGGGUUUGGGUUUGGGUUUGGGUUUGGGUUUGGGUUUUGGGUUUAG